AUGCAGGAUCUGCUCAAGUCACCCGUCCAGUGGAAGUAUCUGCUCAACACCUGUGGCACCGAUUUCCCCAUUAAAACCAAUGCAGAAAUGGUUCAGUCUCUUAAACACCUGAAUGGAAAGAACAGUUUGGAGUCCGAGGACGUAAAGGCCAAACAUUGGCGCUGGCAGUUUCAUCACAAUGUUACGAACGUUGUGACUCGGACAGAUGUCAAAAAGUCGCCUCCACCAAUACAGAGCCCUAUGUUCUCAGGAAAUGCUUACUUUGUGGUUUCAAGAGAGUUUGUGGAGCACAUCUUCAAAAGCAAAGAGAUUCAAAACUUCAUGGAAUGGGAGAAAGACACGUACAGUCCAGAUGAGCACAUGUGGGCUACAUUACAGCGGAUGCCUUCAGUUCCAGGAUCUAAUCCUCCAAACAUCAAGUAUGAACAAUCGGACAUGAAUUCAAUUGCUCGUCUGGUGAAGUGGAGCUACCAUGAAGGAGAUCUAAAGAGUGGGGCUCCCUACCCACCAUGCACUGGGAUGCACAGACGGGCAAUGUGUGUCUAUGGAGCUGGGGACUUAAAAUGGAUUGUACAGCAACACCAUCUUUUGGCAAACAAGUUUGAUCCAGAAGUAGAUGAUAUUGCAAUCAAAUGUAUGGAGGCUUUUUUAAGGUACAAAGCUAUUUAUGGUCGAUCCUUACUAACAGUUAAAAAAUCUGACAUUAUUUUAUGA